ACGUCCUUGACUGCGAGUUGGAACUUCAGAGUUUGACCUGAUUCACCCUUGACUUGACCUCGCUUCCCGGACUUCCGUCAAUCCUUUUCAUUUCUUCUCAGGCUCUUCGCAGGAACCCAUCGGUGACAGCACAAGCAGAAGUUUGUCCUGCGCAAUGUUCUCUCCUUGGACCGUGUGUUGCCGUCUUGCCCCGUCAACUCCUUUCCUGGGUCCCCCGUCGGCGGUGUAACGGCACGCGAACCCUCCUCUGUGCGGCACGCUCACUGCAGUGCUCAGGCUGUGCUGUGCGGCUUGCCAUGCUGGUCUGCGAGUCUGCGGCCGGUCCAUGGUUACUCAAGUGCCCUCGAGCCAGCGGUCUCAUCACACACUGGCACUGCACGGAUCCAAGAAAAAGAGAGGCAUCGCAGACGGCGGCUCCCCUCCAGCGAAAGAGUCGGCUCCAAGGUCAUGGGGUCACCGCACACGCACUGGCAUCGGAUCCUGGGUCUUCUGGGUCUUCUCCCACGCCUUGCCGCCUUCGCUUCCUAGCGGCGUCCUACCGAAAAUCUGCAGCCCGCCCGGGGAGGCCCGUUCUCUACCAAGGCCCCGGUUCUGCUGAUAUUGCAAUGUGUGAUCAAGAGCCUCAUUGGCCAGCCCUGGCCAUUUCGCUGGCCGUGGCAACUCGUCGGCGCACAAACUAAUCCAUCUCACCUUCGGUAAGCUCCUCUUUUCACGCGUGCUGGCUACAUUUAGUCCCCCUGAGUAUCGUUGCUCGUGGAUCAAGCCUCAUGGAUCCGAGACCUCUUCAUCAUUGGCACUUUGACCACGUCGUCUAUCCGGCGCUGGGACUCUGUGACCACCUUCACAAAAUGCCCUGGCUGGUAGCACUUCUACCCAAGAGCUUGGACGCUGCUGCUGCGUCUUGACCACAUUUUGCACCUCACGCCUCUGCUUAAAACAUGUCAACUCUCCUCAACCUUGCCCGCAGAUACUCCUCCUGUCCUUGUAACUGUCGUGUCUCAUCUGAACUCCGCUUCCCGGUCAACCUGAUUGACAGCCGUUGAUAAUUCUCCUUGACUGUUUGACAUAUAUACCAUCCACGCUGAACAAGGCCGACUGUCGCUGUUCUUCUGCUUCCAACACUUUUUUUGGUCUGCCACAGUGGGCCGGUUGGGUCAUCCACCGAUCCACGUAUUAACCAGGCAUUUACCCAAUUGUCUGGGGUUCUCCCUUGAAGCAGUCUUCGCCUCUGCGGGUUGUGCCUAUCUACUCCCAAAUUUCUUACGCUCUGGUCACUUCACACUUCAGUCCGGAGUCACUUAUAGAAAAUGGACCUGGCCUGCAGCGGCUUUACUGCUGUCAAUGUGGACUCGGAUUUUGAACAACCAGAAGAUAUCCACGAAUACUUCACUCUACAAGCACCACCCAAUACCACUAUAUGGCGGAAGCCGUCCGCUAUAGAUGACACCACGGCCCCAAUGGUGCUGAAGCGCUUGCAACAAUCAUUCAUCCUUGCGGAAGUCACCGUAUCUGCCGAUUUCGCCAUGGAGUUUGACCAAGCUGGUCUGGUCAUAUUCUCAGGCUCCCUGGGAGACCCGCCUUCAUCAAGAUCCCCCAAUGUCCGGAGGAGUCCGCGUUACUACAGACCCAGGAUGGAAACACUUGCUCGGGGCAAGUGGGCAAAGGCCGGCCUGGAGUUUACGGGAGGCGAACUCCAUGCCGCGUCUGUGGUGGCCAUCUCCAGUUGCGGUGCCGACUGGUCGUCGUCUGCACGGAUGCCCUCACCCUCAACCACAUUCGACCCAUUUUCACUGACGUCGCAAUCGCUGCGCAUCAAGUUCGAACGGGUCGAAGAAUCUUUGUGGAUCUGGUAUCAGAUACCUAAUCUCAGCCCCCAGCCCUCGGAUUGUCAGCCGCCGUCUUUCGAUCCUGGGCGAAGAAGCCCAGAAGAUGUAGGGUCGGGCUGGAAGAAAAUGCGCGAAAUCAUGGGGUUCUUUGGCGGCAUGGAGGGCAAGGCGAAUGUCUGGGUGGGAUGCUAUGCGAGUCGGCCGAUGAAUUUUGAGCCCAGCAACAGCUGGGAAGAGGUCGAUGCAUUGGUCGCCGAAUUUGAAGAUCUGGACAUUUUAUGAUUGUUUCCAGUGAAUUGACUCAAUCUAAAGGAAGAGAGGGGCAGAAGUAUACGCCAACUAACGUGCCUCAGCGUUCGAUAUCAGUCCUUGGCAUUGCCAAAAACGUUGGGCUGUGUAGAGGUUGUGGGGACGCGGUAUUUCAGAAACUGUGCCGACCUCUCGUCCAGAAUUGUUGAUUUGAGCGUUUUCGUUUGUUUAUUUUGUAACACCAGCGUCGGUGUAUCAUGCGUACGAGCUCUGAUCCAGCGAGAUGGGAGAGAGGCAUGCCGGCUUGGGCGACGUUUUCGGGACUUCGCGAGCGACAAAGCUGAUAUUGACCGGGUCUUCGGUAACUUGCAUUUUGGAUAGCUCAAUCUGCAGCUCCUGUUUGUUGUGCAGAAGAUACCACAAUGAGAAUCAUGACACAGAGCAAACCAGAGCACCAUCUUAUUUCCCUAA